AUGCGCAGCGCAACGGCGCGCGUCCCUCCCGACCUCACCCUCCCGACCCGCCUGCGACCCGUCAGCGGCUGUGCCGACACUCGUCACACGACACUUGAGCCGCGCGAGAAGGCUGCCAUCGUUGUCCUCGUCCGCGAGCGCGACCUCGCCGACCUCGUCCCGACCCUCGCCAACUUUGAGCAGCGCUUCAACAGCCGCUUCCGGUACCCGUACGUGUUCCUCGCGUCGCCAGACGAGGGAGCACUCUCGGGCGCGUUCCGCGGCGAGGUCGAGCGCGCGCUGCCCGAGGGAGCGCACACACGGUGGGGCGUCGUCGCCGACGAGCACUGGCGCAUCCCGCCGCACCUCGACCCGGACGCCGUCCGCCGCGGCUCCGCCGAGCAGGAGCAUCGCGGCGUCCAGUACGCCGGCAGGGAGGCGUACCACCACAUGUGUCGCUGGUACGCCGGCCUCUGGGUCCGCCACGACCUCCUCGACGACUACGACUGGUUCUGGCGCCUCGAGCCGGGCGUGCGCUUCUUCUGCACCGUCACCUACGACCCGUUCCGCCUCCUCGCGCUGCACAACAAGGUGUACGGCUUCGUCAUGACGGUCGUCGAGAACCUCAACACGGUCCCGAGCCUUUUCAGCGCCGUCAAACGGUACCUCGAACGGCGCGGGCUCGAACCUGAAGGCGCCCUGUGGCGGUUCCUGACUCGGCGAGGCGAGGACGGCGACGAGCAGUUCUCGGGCUGCCACUUCUGGACCAACAUGGAGAUCGGCGACCUGCGCUUCUUCCGCUCCGAGGCGUACCAGGACUUCUUUCGCGCGCUCGACGACGACGGCGGGUUCUACACCGAGCGUUGGGGCGAUGCGCCCGUGCGAGCUCUCGCGCUCGGCGCCCUCGCCUCGAUCGACCAGGUGCACUACUUCGAGGACCUCGGGUACCAGCACGACUGGUUCUUCCACUGCCCGGCGCGGUCGACUUCCCGAGUCGGGCUACGGCUCGACGGCGACAAAGGGGACGGCGUCGUCGGGUGCGAGUGCGAGUGCCCGAGGGAGGGCGAGCUGCAGGGGAGGAAGAAGGGGCAGGAGACGCUCGACAUGGACAAGGACUGGCGGUUCUCGUGCCUCGAACAGUGGAAGGCGGCCGAGCGGUCCUCUCGCGGCACCUAGAUUUUUGGUCGCGCCCUUGAUAGACUUGUAACACAGUCGCAUUGCACUCUG